AUGAAGGAUCUCAGAGUCAUCAUUAAGAUCUCUGAUGAGAGAUAUGAGAUAUCCUUGGAGCAGCAAAAUUUUUCCUUUUUCUCAGUGGGCUCAAAGGUGCACCAAAGCAUAUCGAGCAGCAGGACAUAUAUGGCCUUAGCAAAAAGUACUUUGGAGUCCCAAGAAAAUAUUUUUCUUCGAACAGUUUUAUCAUCAGUUACCACUCCCCUUGAUGUGACUUCAUUUAAUCAAGAAGAAACGGUCAGGAGUUCCGAAGGGAGAAAUGGACCCUUGGUGCAUGUCUCUGUAACCAGCAAUGAAGCGUUUUUAAGUGACGAUGAAUUUGUUAGCUCAUUUCCAAAGGCACAGUGGACUCCUCCACUAAAGUCUUUUGCGGUUUUAACAGAUCAUCACUCAGUUAAUACAACAGAGCCACCAAAAGAAACAUUAGAAACUGUGUUGCUAACACCUUCGUUAUCUGUCUUUUCUUCACCAUAUGACACGAAAACAGCACAGCAAAAGACCCUAUUAAGUGCUGUCCUUGAAGACAGUAACACUCUUACAAAAUUACAACCUUUUUUACCAGAUGAUAGUGAAAUUUUAACUGCAAGCAGAGACUUGCUAUUGUAUCCUCCAGAUACAGAUAUUUAUUUCACUUCCAUGCCUUCAGAAGAUACAGCUGCAGUGUGGGAAAACGUAAACAGAAGUUUAGCAUCUCUGCCUUUUGGGGCCACUUCAGAUGAGUCGUCUAUUCUUCUUGGACCGCUGGAUAAAACCAAUCAUAUUACAUCACAUGCUACAGCACAAAAUAUAGACCCAUAUAGUGACUUUUAUGCCAAUGUGAAUCGUGUGGCCAUAGAAGCUGUCAGCCGAAGGACCUAUCCUGCUUCAGACAUUCCCUGGCCCCUACCUGUUUCUGUAAGCAGUACUGAGACUGCUUUGCUUCCACUUAGUCUUCCAUUUGCAUCUCUCCUGGCUCACUCACCUGCCAUUUUCAGUGACUCUAAUAUGAUUCUUAAUGGCAACUUGUUUACACACAAAUUCUCCAGUACAGCGCCAAAUUUGCCUAUUGGUUCAGAAAUACUGAGUCAAUCUGAGCUUUUCAGCGAGCUCGCAAGCCCAGUGCCUUUCACUAGACCAUCCAUGUCUUGUUUGUAUUGUGACUCAGUUUCACUUCUGCUGGAACCAGGCUUUUCUGUAGAGCAUGAUGUGGGCUCAGGUGAUUAUGUUGAAACUUUGACAGUGAAAGCUUCUGAAGUAAAAGACAUGACUCCAUUUACAACUGUAAUUGCGGAUAUGUAUGAAUUAGAGGAGCCUACACGUGAAAUUUUUGAUACUUCUUUUCCGUCAAGACCUGUUGCUUCGUUUUCUUCAAGAUUCGCAGAAAUCUCCGAGUCAACCAUGUUUUUAUUAAGCACUAUGGAUGCUACCCUUAACAGUAAAAUGCCUACAACAAUUUUUCCUUCCUUCAGUCAAUUCUCUGGAGGAAUGGCAUUGAAUAUCUCUUCUGUAUGGUUUUCCCUCCCUGUUAUGGAAACUGUUUCGUUAACACCGAGCAUUAGUGUAGACCUUGCUGAUAUGACCAGUGUUCUCUUUGAAUCUUCCUUCACCUUGAGUGAGCCAGUACCAUCAUUUGCAAUCAGUCAUACAAGUUUACUGGAGUCACCGGAAUUCAUGCCAUCAGAAUCUUUAUUUUUGCUUGACAAGACAUUGGCAAGAGAAGAAUCACCUGUAAAUAUUACAGAUUUUCCAUCCAGUCUUUUAUACACACCAAUUCUUUUUGAAUCUAGCUACUUGUCUUCAUUAUCAUCAGUCGUACUAACUUCUUACUCUCUCAUGCUGAGUGAUUUAUCAGCACUCUUACCUCAGACCUUAUUGACUGGGACAUCAGUACUUUCUGCGGAUGUUUCCAGUUGGGACUCAGCUACCCCUGUCAGCACAGAUGCUGAGGCUUCUCAGUUCCCUGUCUGGCAAACGUCAUACUUCUAUUCAAAUGCAUCCUCUAUUCCAGGGGCAUAUGUUUCUGAAAUAAUGCCAUCAUCAAAUUUUCAUUCAGACUCAUCUACAUUUUCGGAAGCAACGUCAGUAUUGCUAAUGGAUUCUGAAGUUCUGUUUACCUCAGCUUUUACAGGGGCUACCUCUGCGUUAGAGUCUUCACUCUUCUCUUUUCAGCCAGUGGUUCCUACCCGGGUGCUGUCCAUAGCCGACACUGAGGCUGUUACCAGCAACAUCUUGCUCAAUGAAACAAAUGUGGUCUUGUUUACUACCUUUCUGACAACUCCUGUCUUAAAUGUAUCUUCAUCUCUACUAUCAACUGUUUUAUCUUCUGAUGAGGAUACUGGUGCUACAGUUAACCCCACGUUGCUUUUAACAUCUUACACCAAGGUCAGUGCUAGCACUGCACUUCCUACCGCAAAUCCUGACAAUCUCACCUCACAAAGCGACGUGAGCGGUGUUGUUUCCUCUCCUGCAGAAUCUGUGUCUGUGACCGCAUCAUUUGUCCCUACACAAUUCCCUCCAUCCUUGAACGCUCCCACUGGAUAUGAUGUUCCUCUGAGAACUGGUGUAGCUGAUGGUACUGAUACAACAACUGCUGUCCCCACGACCACUGCUGUUAGUACUGUGGGCAGCCAUGGCACGACGACCACAGAAAGCAGCCCAAAUACCUUCUCCUCCACUCCCCUGGCGGCUACUACUCCGUCUGAAGCUGUAUUUGUAACCCCUGCCGUGACCACUACGAGGCUGCCAUACGUCUGCGACAUCACAGUUCCCGAUACUUACUUAGUCACCGCUGUGCUGGCCCGAAGAGCUGUUCUACAAAAUGUCAGUGAAUCCAUCAGAGAAGUGCUCAGAAUUCAAUUCAGGCGUUCAGUAGAGCUGGAGGUUUAUAAAAUAUCCCCCAAAUUUGCUUUCUUGGUGACAUCAGGUCCUUUUGUUUACACGGCAGUGGCAGUCAUAAAUGUGCUUAUGAACAGCAGUCUUCUUCAUGGUCAGGCCCCCCUGAUCCUCUCACUGCAUCCUUCUUUCACAGUGCCGGAUAAUAGAUUCCAAGUUCAGACAGUGCUCCAGUUUGUGCCUCGGAACGUGGAUGUGGGGUUCUGUAACUUCAGCCAGCGCAUUGAGAAAGGACUGACAAUGGCAUUCAUGGAGGUGAGCAAACAUCACCAGGACUUCUACAACUUCACUGUGCAGAUAUUGAAUAUAACUCUGAGUAAGGCUGGGGUAGCGUUUCGACAGGGCCCCGUGAGCAUUGUUUUUGCCAUUCGAGAUAGAUACGGCUUUCUGAAUGGAUCUGAUGUCAGUGAACAGCUAAGAAACUUAUCUGUGGUGGAAUUCAGCUUCUAUCUCGGCUUUCCAGUGCAACAAAUUGCUGAACCCUUUCAUUAUCCUAAACUUAAUGUGUCUCAGCUGAUGAAAUCUUCCUGGGUGAGAACAGUUCUCUUGGGUGUCGUCGACCAGCGAAUUCAGGAGGAAGUGUUUCAGGCUGAGAUGGAGCGGAAACUGGCUCACCUGUUAAACGAGGCUUUGGCCAGAGGGCGGAUAUGGAGACGAGCCAGUUUUGCAGGCAGCAACAUUGUGCAGAUCGUGAAUGUGUCACGAUUAAAUGGUGCUGAUAACCCUGUGGAGCUAAUCUAUUUUGUGGAGGAUCAAGAUGGAGAGAGACUCAGUGCCCUGAAGUGUUCAGACCUGAUGAACAGAGUUGAUAUCCAGCGAGCUGCAAUCAUCCUUGGAUACCGCAUUGAAGGCACCAUUGCACAGCCUGUGGAAAAGCUGAAGGGGUCCUCUUCGGAGUCACAGAAUAGCAACCUGUGGAUUAUUGUUGGUGUGGCAGUCCCAGUUGCUGUGGUGCUCCUGAUUGUUAUUAUUUUGUACUGGAAACUUUGCCGAACAGACAAACUGGAGUUUCAGCCAGACACAAUGAGCAACAUUCAGCAGCGACAGAAGCUACAGGCCCCCAGUGUGAAAGGCUUUGAUUUUGCUAAGCAGCAUUUGGGCCAGCACAAUAAAGAUGAAAUCCUGAUUAUCCAUGAGCCAGCUCCUUUACCAGGACCUACUAAGGAUACUACCCCAUCUGAAAAUGGAGAUGUGCCCAGCCCCAAGUCCAAGACUUCCUCAAAGCCUUCAAAGACCGUUCGACACAGAGGGAGAGUUUCGCCAUCAGAUGCUGACUCCACAGCAAGUGAACAGUCCAGUGGGAGAGAGACUGGCGAAGAAACUGCAAGACCGUCAACGGUGGUAAAUGAGGGCAAACCACGCAGAGCAGUGAAGAAAGGACCUCCUCAGACCAGCAGUGGAAAUGAGCAACACUCCUCAGCCUCUAUCUUCGAACAUGUGGAUAGGAUGUCACGCUCCUCAGAUGCAAGCAGACGGGUUCCUAACAAGAUCCAGUUGAUUGCUAUGCAGCCAAUGGCAGCACCUCCAGUUCAGAACUCCAUACUUUCUGAUCGAGUAGCAGAAACCAACAAAAUUAAUAAAGAGAUACAGACAGCCCUGAGGCAUAAAUCUGAGAUUGAGCAUCACCGCAAUAAGAUUCGUCUUCGUGCCAAGCGCAAAGGGCACUAUGAAUUUCCAGUGGUGGAUGAUGUCGUGGUGGUUGACUCCAAAGAACAGCAUAGAAUAUAUCGUAAGGCACAGAUGCAAAUUGACAAGAUAUUGGACCCUGGAGGCAAUGUGCCUACUGUUUUCAUAGAGCCCAGGAAGAGUUCUCGUGCAAAACGUUCUCCCAAGCAGCGCCGGCGACAUCAGAUAAAUGGUAGUCCUCUUGAUGCAGAAAAGGACAGGUUAAUCACAACUGAUAGUGAUGGGACGUACAAAAGGCCUCCAGGAGUCAAUAACUCUGCAUAUAUUUCUGAUCCAGACUUGCCUCCUGAACCUCAGACAUCAUCUUCAGCUGAUCUUGGGAAGUUUCCUGCCUUGCCUUCCCACCCAGUCUCCCAGUACAUCCCACCACAGCCAUCCAUCGAAGAAGCGCGUCAGACGAUGCACUCUCUGCUGGAUGAUGCUUUUGCCUUGGUGGCUCCGAGUAGCCAAGCAGCCAAUUCCACUGCUGUCACAGCACCUGGGGUCUCUGCAGGACAGCCGAGAUAUGUGGAAUUUGGAAUGACGCCUCCAACAGCACCAGGCCUCCUACCAAGACAGAACUUUGGGCCAGGUUUUCUUCAACCUGCAGAGUUAAUGCACCCAGACCAGCAGCUGCCUGAGGCUCAGUAUUCCUCCAGAGGGAUGUGCUCAGAAGAGGUGCCAUCAGUGGCACGACCACGACCAGUUGGAAGCACUGCAGGUUCUCAGAUACAGCACCUCACUCAGGUGGGAAUUGCUAGCAGGAUCGGAGCUCAACAAGUGGAGAUCCCCUCAGGCAGAGCAGGGCAUGGCCAGCCGGGGGGGCCAGGGUGGCCCCAGUACCGUGGAGAGGAUGAAUAUGCUAGGCGAGAUGCAACGCAUACGCAUGGACACCAAGAAUAUUCCUCCUCACCAGUAUUCCAGAUGCCGAGGACUUCAGCCAGGCAGCCUUCGGCACCCCCUGCUCAGCUUCCACACAACAGCCUUCAGGGCCAGGGGCUUUGCUACACCACCAGUUCCACUGAGGAUCUCCAACCGAGUCAUUCUUCAGCCUCUCUUAUAAAAGCAAUUAGAGAAGAACUUCUACGACUCUCUCAGAAACAGACAACAGUACAGAACUUCCAUAGUUGAUUUAGCAUUCUCUUGCAAAUCUGCCAGGUAUCUGCUUCCUAUGGAAGUAAAGAGUUAAAGGAAAUCAGCAAUGUUAUUCUCUCAAAAGAAUGAACUCUCACAGCUCUGUUGACAGCACUCUGGAAAAAGGAAAAAGGCAGCAAAAUGAAGAUAGUAAAGGGAGAUUGGAGACAAACAGGGGAAGUCAUCAGUGUCAUCGCAAGCAAUGUUGUUCAAUCAGCUAAUAUUACGGUGCUUCUCCUCUCUCCUUACCCUCGUUCAAUCUAACAAAUAAAUAAAACACUUUAGGUCAAGAAGUCAACACUCCAACAACAAAACAUCACAGGAACAAAAUCACAGUAUAGUAGACUCCUUUUUCUAAGGAAAAAGGCAAAGGUUUGCAUGAACUAAGAUGAUGUUUUGCAAGAGGUUACAAGUAUUCUGAUCUCUCCAGUGUUUAUGGGGAACUGUUCUGUGUUGCUGUUCUUCAAGAUGACAAACUGUAUCAAGUCUAGGGUAUUAAAGGUGUGAUCUCAUGUGAGAAUCACUUUGAUUGACAAUAACAAUAGGACUACUUAGAAUAAAAGGAUUUUUGAGCUACUUGUAACAAACUGGAACAGUAAUUGUUAUAGGUCUGUGCUUCCAAAUGGAGCUACCCUCUGCACUCUUCCUUGUUUUCUUUCUGGUGCUGAAGCUUCAAGUGUUCCUUCAUCUUUAAUGUUUGCAAAGUGAAACAUUGGCCUUGUAUAACUAAGAAAAUAUCUGUAGACUCAUUCAGGCUGGAAAAACAAAGCAAAGCAUCCAAACAGAAAA